UUUUCUCUUAGAUAUUUUUUAAAAACUGUUUUACCUUCAUAUAAAAGUCGAAUAGCGGCGAUAUCCUUUUCAACGCGAAGAUCUUAUCCAAAGAUAUCCAUACAAAGCCAAAUGAGAUCACUCGAGCGUGUUCUUUGGAUUUUAAAAAGGCCAAAUCCGAUCGUCAAACUUUUCUCUCCCACGCAGAUUGCUCCCGGUAAUAGAGGCACUCCAACCAUACGGACGCGCACACAGCCGCGCGAUGACACCCCUCGAGAGAGAGAGAGAGAGAGAGAGAGAGAGAGAGAGAGAAAAUCAUCCCCGACGCUCUAAUUCGACUGUCACAAUAAAGCAACACGUGACUGGUGAUCACUGGCGGUCACUUGACAGCGGGGGGGAUGACGAUGGGUAUCGCUCGCACCCCUAAUGCAUAUAAUAUUUGACUCGCAGUUCUUUCAGGCUCGAGAGAUCCUGACUACUCGUCCAGGCCAUCUGAUUUUCUAAAGGUGAUGCGAAUUUGAUCAGCUGGGAAAGUCGGAGCUAUUGCCAAGUUUUUUUUAAAGCUUGAUUGGGUCGUUGAACUUUUUAGUCUGUCGAUUGUUAUUUAAUCUUGAAUCACUUAAAUUCAGAGUGAUUCUUUAAUCAUCGACAGUAUAAAAUGUUGGUAUAAAUUGUACACCAAAUAAUAGGCGUAAUUAAUAAAACAACAAAUACACUGUACCUCCACACACUCGAAAGUGCAAACGCAUGAUCGAUCUCGGCUCGCGCACGAUACUCUUCUCGCGUCAGCCAAUACGCAUCCAGCGAUGUAUCCUGUCGGCCAGCGAAGGGAUGCGGGGCUCCACCCACGCGCUCCGCCUUCCUGCGAUUUUUGACGUCGCUCGAGCUCGCGAGAGUUACGUCGUUGGUACUCAUAGUCUUCCCGGCCGCCACGGACUUCUGGUCGGGACGACCGGUGGCUUUUUUUAUUGUUUAUCAUACUCAAGAUUGUGGUUCGUGCUGUUUUGUGAUUUUGGAGAGAGGUUUCGAGCGCCUACCUGCAUUGUGAAACGAUUGAUAAGAUGCCGAUGCUGACGUACAACAACGCGAGUUGCGGAACGUCGGAGAACGAAAACGGUUCGCCGGCGGACUCUUUGCUCUCCGGCGAUGGCGAGGAUCCUGGCGAUUCUCCGGAGACGCCGAGGGACACCGAGGAAGAGGCCACCUUGUCCGACGACUUUUACUCCCACGACACCGACGACGAGGACGAUCAGGGAAGAAAGAGGUGUCGCGAUCGGACGAAUUCUAACGACGGAGUAUCCUCCUCCACGAACGGUCUGCUGGAGUCGUCUCCGCCGUCGCGCGUCGGCGGCUUGGGAGUCAGGAAAUUGUUCACCAACAGUCGCGAGAGGUGGCGACAACAGAACGUCAGCGGUGCCUUCGCAGAAUUGAGGAAGCUCGUCCCAACACACCCUCCGGAUAAGAAGCUGUCGAAAAACGAAAUUCUCCGCAGCGCUAUCAAAUACAUACGCCUCCUGAGCCGAGUUCUGGAAUGGCAGAAGAGUCAAGACCGCAACGGCAUAUCGACGACGGCACACGACGUUCGCAUAAAAACCGAGCCUCAAGCACAGCAGCAUCCUCCAAGCCACCAUCACCACAGCGCCGUGACAACGACGAUCUACCAAGCCAAAGCGGCCAUAGCCUGUCUCAAGCAGGAGAACAACAACUACAGUCCGCGAGUGAACCUUCCCGCGCGAAUAUCCCAGUCGUAUCCGUCCGAGAGCAAGAGCAGAACUGGACAGCUCCUGAUGAUCACGACUCCCAAUCUCAAGAACCAGACGGUUGCCAAUAACGCGACCGCGUCGUCCAGCGUCUACGUGAACGGCGUGUGUCCGAGCCGAAUGGUCAACGGAAAGUUCACUGCUCCUGCGAAGAACGGACUCGCAGUGGUGCUCGGUGGUAAAAAUCAGCACGUGGUCACCUCGAGCAGCUCGUCCAACGCUGUGGUGGUGAGCAACGGGUGCACUCCGCCGAAGAGAAUGAAGACCGAGGCGAGGGACGAGGACGAGGUGUCGCAGAGUAGUGGUAGGGACUGCAGUAGAGCAACCAAUAACGGCGGCGCGAGGAAGAGACUCAAGAUAACGUUUGGCAAGGAUUCCGAGAGGAAUUGAGGCGCGCUUUUGAAGGGGUUGUAAAUAGCAUCGUGUGUAACUUGGUAAUCCGAUAGAGUAGAGAAUGUACUUCGGUAUAACGUUCGUCGUUGAUAUAUUAUCUUUUAUUUACAUGUUAUCAGGUGGCAAAGUGGCGAAAAUCGAUUUACACGUUGAAAUUUUGUACAAACACACGCGUCGAGAAGUGCAGUGGAGUUGUAUAUAUUUUUGAACAAUAAUAAUUAAUGGUAAUCGUGUAGUCAUGUGAGUUUUCGUAGGAUGCAUAGGUAAUUUUUUACAUACCAAAGACUGUUCUGUUGAAUUCUGCAUUUGUACAGUUUGUUGAUUAUUAAUCGCAUAUAAGUAUAUGAGAAAAUCUAAAAAAAUCUGUCGUUACGCACUCACAUUCAUUGUUGCGAUCCAAACGUCGAAGUACUGAAUUAAAAAUUAAUAACACGUAUAUAAUUGAACGUCA